GGUUGUGCAUUGUGAAGAGUUUAUUUUGUGUGAGAUCGUUUGUGCGCCAAGCAAAGUUGUAGUGAAAAAGGGGCCAAGCCGCCAGUUUUCCCCAUGAGGCACCCGAGUCGUGGCGCCACCAGCCAAAAACUGCUGAUUUUCGCAGUUUUGCUCGCGACAAGCAUCCGCCAAAUUUUACGGCCCGUUCAAGCUCGUACUUUGUUGCCGUCGCUGGGAAGCUUCAACGGUGACGACAACAACACCGGCUACAGCCGGUCACAGGACGAAACGUCGUCUGCGGAAGUGUUCAACGGAACCCAGCUCUUCCUGGAAGAGGAGGUCGUGGAGUUGACAAACUCAACGCUGGACCUGGAAGAAAGGGAAGAAGAACCGUCGUCCAGCUACGUUCUCGUCGUGGUACAAACGGCCAACCUGGAGCUGCUACACCGGGAGCUGCUCGGCUUCGAGCAGUUGUUCUCCACGAGCAAGUUCCGGCGGAAGGUGCGCUUCCGACGGUGGAAAGAUAUGGCGACCUUCGAGCGCUGGCUAGCCGAUCCGGCCAUCGCGACGGUCCUGUACGCGGCGUCCACCCCCGGCGACGUCGAUGAGGACGGAUUCAAUACCACGCAGGCGGCUGGCACUGACAGCGGCGGCGGCGGCUUCAUCGGGUUCUGUGACAGCCUGUCGACACAUCUGUCCGCCCGGUACGGCAAACCGGUGCUCUUCUGGCCCUGCCCCCGGAUGAAGCAAACGGACAAGUUUGUGCCGUCCUACGAGACGGUUUCGUUCGCCGUCAAAAGCAUCUCGCAGCAGUUCAACUGGACUGAGGCAACUUUGUUUGCGCCAGAUGCUAAUUGGGCGCUGCCGUUGGCACUGGCCAUCAGCCUGCCCAUUCCGACCCGGAUCGUGCUGGACGGCGAGGAGCUGGUGCGGAGUUCCGUGCCGGACAAGGCUGGCAGUGUGAUAAUCGUCUGCUCGUCCAUCAACUCACCCCACACAAUUGCCACCAUCCGGCGUCUCAGGACACUGCGCCGCACCAAGCUUCUCCUGCUGGACACCGCCGGCCAGACCACCAUCUUCGACGGCAGCAGCAGCCUCUACCGCAGUCUGGGUCGUCACGACGCCACCGGUCGGCUCAACCUGCUGGUGCUGACGGCGCUAACCGAGCGCUUCAAGCACGCCCUCAACGCGGUCCACGGCAUCGACCUAACCUCAAAUUACGAACGGCUCAGCGAGCGACUGCUGAAAAUUCGACUCGAUGACGACAGCGGGCUUGAAGAGGGACCUGCGAAUGACAUCCGGCGGGGCUCAAGUGGACGGAAAGUCCGUGUUGAGUGGCUUGCCGGUGUAAUUAAUUCGGCGAACCUGUCCUUGUCGAGCUGUGACUUCAAUUACCUGCAAACAAGCGCCAGCGAAGAGCUGGCAACACUGGCGCACGUGGAUCACGACCGUUGUAGGACUCUUCUCGAGAGCUACUGCGGCGUUGAUGAGACCACUUACGGCAACUCUUCGUUCCAGUUCGAAAACGCUAGUGACAAUGAAGAAUUAGUGCGACAACAGCAGCAGGUCGACAUCGAUCGAUUAUGCACAGUCUUGCGUAAAAAUCGUGACCUUUUGGUGGAAAACUCCACCAACCCCGCGAAACGGCUCAUCUUCAGCGCAAACUUCCACCUGUACGAGUACAUCCUGGCGGUGGCCCGGAACGAGCCCCACCUGCAGCAAAAGUUCGACUUUGUCGUGUUUGACCUGCAGAACGUGACGGCGGCCGUGUGGCGGCCGCUGUUGAUCGUGCGCCAGGAUCAGCUCGACUGGCAGCGCUUCACGAUGCACCCGGUGCAGCCGGGCUACGGGGACUGGAUGGUGGCAUCGGUGGCCACCAUCGAGUCGCUCUGGAUCUGCGGGCUGCUCUGCUGGGCCGUCAUCGGUGUGAUGGUGUUUAUGGUUGUGUCGAUCGUGUGUGCCAGCGUCGUGUUCAGCAUCGCCGUGAGAAACUAUCUGCUGAAAACCCGGCUCUCCAAGGGACCAAACAAGAUCGUUCUCUCGCCGUCGGAUUUCGUUUUUCCGGUUGACAUGAGAAGGGUUGACGAGGGUAUCGAGGCGAUGCUGUGCUGCUGGCUUCAGCAGCUGCAGGAGUUUGGCGGACCGGAAGUGGAAAAGCCGGACCUGCUGAAGGGUUCCAUCGGAUCGUUGAAAAAUCUGGGCCUUCCGGCGGCCAACACCACCAGCGCCGCCGCCACCACGAAAACAGGCUCGGGUAGCGGAACCCUGGUGCGGCCCUCGCUCGCCAACGCGGCUGCACUGGAGUUCAAGGCACGGUACAACGGUGAUUUAGUACAGCUGAAGGAAAUCCCGUCCAGCUCGUCGGGUUCAUCGUCGUCCCAGGAGCUCAAAAACCGGGCGAUGGAUCUGCUGGUGAUGGCGCACGGCUUACGGCACGAGAAUAUUAAUCCGCUAAUAGGUUGGCUCAACGAACCCACCCGAACGGCCCUGGUGUUCGAGCACUGUUCCCGCGGCUCGCUGCAGGACGUGCUCAUCAUGGACGAAAUAAAACUGGACUGGACGUUUCGGUUGAGUCUGCUGACCGACUUGGUUCGGGGGAUGCGCUACUUGCACGGGUCACCAAUCCGGGUACACGGCUCACUUUCGUCACGGAACUGCGUGGUCGACGCCCGGUGGGUUCUCAAAAUCACCGACUACGGUAUUCCGGGCUUCUUCGAAGCCCAGGGUCUGGUUGCGCCGACUAAAAGUGCCAAGGACCUGCUCUGGACUGCGCCGGAAGCGUUGCGUGCCGCCAAGGGUUAUCCCCGGUGUGGAACCCAGGCCGCGGACGUGUACUCGUUUGGGAUCAUCAUGCAGGAGGUGGUCGUCCGCGGGGAACCGUUUUGCAUGCUGUCCCUCGCGCCGGAGGAAAUAAUCACCAAAAUCAAAAAGCCACCCCCGCUGAUCAGACCGUCGGUGUCCAAGGGAGCGGCCCCGCCGGAAGCCAUCAACAUCAUGCGCCAGUGCUGGGCCGAAAGUCCCGAGAUGAGGCCGGAUUUCGUAACAAUUUGCGAGCGGUUCAAGCAGCUGAACCACGGCAGAAAGGUAAACUUUGUCGACACCAUGUUCCAGAUGCUGGAAAAGUACUCCAACAACCUGGAGGAGCUGAUCCGCGAACGGACUGAGCAGCUCGACGUGGAGCGGAAAAAGACUGAACAGCUGCUGAACCGGAUGCUGCCAAGUUCCGUAGCCGAUCGACUCAAGCUGGGCCUGGCCGUCGAGCCGGAGGAGUUCGCCGAGGUGACGAUCUACUUCAGCGACAUCGUGGGCUUCACGACGAUCGCCGCCCACUGUACGCCCGUCCAGGUGGUGGACCUGCUGAACGAUCUGUACACGUGCUUCGACGCCACGAUCAACGCGUACAACGUGUACAAGGUGGAAACCAUCGGCGACGCGUACAUGGUCGUCGGUGGGCUGCCCGUCCGGACGCCCGAUCACGCCGAACAGAUUGCCACGAUGGCGCUGGAUCUGCUGCACCAGAGUGGGAACUUUAAGGUGCGCCACCUGCCGGGAGUUCCGCUGCAGCUGCGCAUCGGACUGCACACAGGUCCGUGCUGUGCGGGGGUCGUCGGGCUGACAAUGCCCCGGUACUGUUUGUUCGGUGACACCGUCAACACGGCGUCCCGCAUGGAGUCAACAGGUUCUUCGUGGCGCAUCCACAUGUCCCCGCAGACCUGCAAUCUGCUGGAACAGGCCGGCGGCUACGUCAUCGAGCCACGUGGCCCCAUCGAGAUCAAGGGCAAGGGCAAAAUGCACACCUACUGGCUGCUCGGCAAGAAGGGCUUCGACAAGGUGCUGCCGACGCCCCCGCCAAUCGGGGAAUCACAUGGCCUGGACAUUGCCAUCCUCCGAAAGUCACUGUUCCAGUCGGAGCAGAACAACCAGCAGCAGCAGCAGCAGUACCAACACCCGAUCGUGUCCGUCGACAGCCACAACGGCGGUUCCACAACUGCCAACCAUUCGUCCAGCCACUCGCCGUCGGUCGCGGGCGAGUCGAUAGACGUGAAGGUCGAAAUCACCCCACCGAUGGCCAGCGACAAUCCCCCGUUGAUGGCUUCGAUAUCGAUCGACUCGGGCUCGUCCAACGCCAACUACACGCUCAACAUGGGAGACUUUGGGGCGAAGACUCCGCUGCCAAGUCCACAGGCCCGCAAGUUGUCGGAGAUUGUGUCGGACACGACGUUCCUCAGCGCCAACUCCAGCUUCAACCGACUGAAUCCGUCCCCACCGGGAAGUUCCUCAACGCGGCUGUUCAAGAGGAUUGAAGAAAUGAUCGACUUGAGCUCGCCGUACAACUACUACAAGUGUCUGAGUCCAAGCGAGAGCAAUCUUUCGCAGUGUCACAUCGACGGGCGGUUCCACGGCUAUCAGGUCAACCGGAUGGACUGUUCGAGCAAACCCGGCUCAACCCGCUUCCUGCGGCGCCAGUUCAGUCUGGACAAGGACGACGUUGGACCGUCGAUGAGCAACAGCCAAAAGGCCACUCUGGACACGAUCUCGUCCAUCUCGAUCGAUCGCGACCAGCUGGCCCGCAUGGGAACCCUGUCGUCGAUCCCGUCCAUAAGCUCCGCCAACUCGGUUUCGAUGUCGGCGUCCAAGCAGCAACGCACCAUCGGCAUCCACAAACAGCAAUCGGCCAGCGUGGCCCAAGAUCUGGAGAAGAUCGAGGAGAUCCCACUGUCGCCGCAGUCCCAGUUCCUGGUGAACCACAACACCACCAACAGCAACAGCACUUCCAGCCUGCAGUCGGAAGUCAACGAGAAGGCACGAUCCGCCCAAAACGGCAAGGAACUGUGCCUCAGCAUCGAAGCGCUCGGACUGAGGUGAGCUCAGCUGGACGACGACGGUCACCUGCGGCGACGGACCAUGGCCACCAGCAGGUUCUGCUUCAGCCUCGAGCGAUGAUCCUCUAAACCGCGUCUAAAAAACCUAACACACGCACUUCAGGGUAAUCACAAAUCAAAAUGAUCAAAAAAC